AUGCGACCAGCCACCUGCUUGCCCUACCUCGCCGGAUGGAGCGCCGUGGCGCAUGGAUCCUCCCUGACAGCGAGUAACAACACCGUCUCCCCAAACUGCCAACAAGCCUGCACCGAGCUGUCCACCCUCUUCGGUCCCGCCCUCCACUACCCGGUAACGGACAACUUCACCAUCUGGGACGCAAAGCAGCAAGAGGUCACCCCAGCCUGCCGCGUCGAGCCAUCCACCGCAUCCGACGUCUCCCAGAUCCUCCACGUCCUCGUCGACACCUGGUGCCAUUUCGCCGUCAAGGGCGGCGGCCACUCUCGCCACGCCGGGGACUCCAACUCCAUCGGCGGCGUGACAAUCGACCUCGACCGGAUAUCAACCGUUGAGGUCCUGGACAACGGCACAAAGGCACGCGUCGGCGGCGGCGCAAAUACAAACCAAGUCUACUCCGCCCUAGACGCGCACAACCUGUCGUUCGUUGGCGGGCGCGUCGGCACCGUCGGCAUUGGGGGCUUCACGCUCGGCGGAGGGACAUCCCCCUUCAGCAACAAGUACGGCUGGGCGCUGGACAAUGUCUUCGAGUACGAGAUUGUCCUUGCCAACGGGACAAUUGCCACGGUGAAUCAGUCCAGCAGUCCAGAUCUGUACUGGGCGCUGCGAGGCGGCGGCAACAACUUCGGCAUCGUGACGGCGUUUACGGUCCGCACGUUCGAGCAGGGCCCUGUGUCCACCACCCGCACCACAUACGCCCCCAACCAGACGGAACAAGUCCUCGACCGCGUCUACGACCUCUUCACGGACCCCGUGCUUACCAGCGACGUCGACAUGGGCUAUGACCUGUACUACACGUACACGGCGUCAAGCGGCUUCACCCUGUCGGGGACACAGCGCUACGCAAAGCCGCUCGCCAACCCGCCCGUCUUCGACGCCAUUAACCAGAUCCCAGCGUUGUCAAGGAGUCCCUCAAUCUCGACGCUCAGCGCCCAGACAGCUGGCUCCGAGACGGCGGGGAUAACCAGACACCUCUUCGCAACCCUAACGAUCACCCCCUCGCGCCCGCUCCUCACCACCGCCCUCCAAAUCUUCUCAGAAGAAGUCCUGCCCAUAACCUCCGUUCCAGGCCUGAUCCCAAACCUCGUCACCUACGCGCUCCCGCGCAACGCCCUCGCCGCCAUGAAGGCGCGCGGCGGAAACGCCCUGGGGAUCGAGAGCGAUGAGCCCUUAUUCCUAAUCCUCAUCUCAACGGCAUGGACACACGCCGCGGACGAUCACGCCGUGGAAACCAUGACGCACAACACCGUUGCGCGGAUCAGGGAGGUUGCGGAGGGGCUGGGCGUUGCGAACAGAUACAUGUAUAUCAAUUAUGCGUCGGCGGCGCAGGCGGCGGAUGUGUUUGACGGGUACGGAGAGGAGAAUGUGCGAAGGUUACAGGGGGUCCAGCGCGCUGUUGAUCCGCGUGGGGUUUAUACGUCGACGGGGCUGUGGCGCGGGUUUGUGAAGUUGUUGUGA